AGAGGAUAUGGCAGAUGAAGAUUUGGCUGAGGGUGUCGAUGAAAUUGACCCUGCUGAAAUGGAACUUCGACGGGGACAGAUUCUGUGGUUCCAAGGCCUCAACAGAAUACAAACUCAGAUCAAAGUGGUGAAUGCAUGCCGUAGCUCCUUGUAUGAAGGCCUCCAGAAACCCGAAUCAAAAACCUCCAUUCAUAACUUCAUGACUCACCCAGAGUUCAUCCUGGAGGAAGAUGAGCCUCGGACCCCAUUCCCCGAUGGCACCGAUGAAGACCUGGAAGCUGAAGAACUCAAACAGCAAAGUGAGGAGAGCAAUCAGUGA